UUGAGCUUUCGCACCAUUGUUGAUUCCGCCAUUUUGAAGCUUCGUUAAUGCCAAGGGCGCAAGGUUCUAUACAUCAGUAAGACUGUAUCAUCAAAAUGUCCUCCGCCAGUAUUGGAAAAUACAUGCUCCAAUUGGUCGACAUCACCCGGUGUGCCAGUAUUGGACAGAUCGCGGGCUUACUGCUUGUCACGUUAUGCAUAACUUCGGCUCUUCAUGGGUCCAAGAAGAAGAAUAUCGACAAAGUUCCCGUCCACAACACCUCCCGCCUGUGGCCUGCGAUGGUGUCUCAGUUGAAAUUCGUGACCGGAGCGAGAAGCAUCAUCUCGAGCGGAUAUCAGAAGUUCAAAGGUUCUCCAUUCAUUGUUCGUCGCUUUGAUACAGACUACAACAUUCUGCCAAUGCAGUAUCUCGAAGAGGUCCGCCUGAUAUCGCCUUCAAUUCUUAGCGGCAGAAUUGCAACAUCUCAAAACAUGCUUUACAAGUGGACAGAUUUACACUUUCUGAACAGAUCUGACCUCCAUGUUCAAGUUAUGAAGCGCAAACUGGCACCUGAAUUAUCCAAAUUCCUGAAAAUUGCUUCCCAGGAACUCGAUUACGGUUGGGACUUGGACGUCCCUCAACCAGAGGAUUGGGCCGAGGUUGACGUUCAGCAAAUCUCACGACUGCUGGUUGCCCGCAUGUCAGCAAGAAUAUUUUUAGGGUUGCCAGCGUGUCGUGAUCCGGAAUGGAUCAAAGUGUCUCUUGACUACACAAUGGACGCAUUCACCACUGCCUUCGUCCUGCGCAUGUUCCCAACAUGGGUGCGCCCCAUCGUCGCGGCAGUGCUUCCUUCGCGAAUCCGUCUAAAACAAUACCGCAACAAAGCCGAAGAGGUGAUGGCUGCCAGGAUGAGAAAGCACGUUGAUUCCCGGCGGGAACAAGACCACUGCGAACUAGUCGAGGACGAAGCGGACGAAACGCUUGUUGACUGGAUGCUCGAUAAUGGGACUCAGGAGGAAACUACGCUCGCUGAGAUGGCCAACCGCCAGUGUGUCAUGACGCUUGCGAGUAUCCACACCACCUCAACAAAUACUGCCACCUUCCUGUUCGAGCUCUGUGAGCACCCGGAAUGGUUUCCCGUGAUACUCGAGGAGAUCGAACAAGUCAAGGAGCAGAUGGGUGAUCACGAAAUUGAUUACAGGCGGUGGCACACAAAACUAGAGAAGAUGGAUUCCUUCUUGCUGGAAUGCUUCAGACUGCACCCGCCCAUACUCUUGAAUCCGCAAAGAGUGGCUCUUUCCGCGUACACGUUGAAAGACGGGACGCAAAUCCCAAAGGGUGCCAGGAUUGCUUUCACUAGUUCUGAGCAUCAGAUGGACCCUAUGGUUACACCAGAUCCGCUUACAUUUGAUCCUAUGCGCAGCUACCGCAAGCGCUACUCAUCAGUAGACCAGCUGGACAGGCACCAGGCUGUUAUCACCGAUAUGGAUAGCAACCUUACGUUUGGCUACGGUAAUCAAGCCUGCCCGGGAAGGUUUCUCGGAGUGGCUGAGAUCAAAAUGCUGUUGGCACGACUACUCACGGAAUUCGAGUUCAAAUAUCCUGAGGGAAAGUCGAUGCCUAGGACCAUGAGCGCAGACGAGAACGUAUUCUUGGAUCCUAGUGCCAGGCUGAUGAUGAGAAAGAGGAAGGUACCAAAUGUCCAGGAUUUUGCUUCCUCUUGAUGUAUCUAGUUUUACCUCUUCGUUCUUGUCACCACAAUAAACCCCCUAAACCUUCA